GGAUUGACACAAUUGGCACAACGCGAGCGUAGCCCUGGGGAUUUGGUUGAGAAACGAACGAAUCGGGAAUUGGUGCAUUUCGCAUCAGAAAAAGAUCUCAAAAUGAAAGUACCAUCGUGAUAUUUUCGAGGAAAAUCGACUGCUUUGCAUUUUAAACGUGGCUCAGCUGUGAAGCACAACAUUAUUCGGCAUGUGACAUCAUGCUGUGAUUCCAAUCGUAUCCGAGAAAAACGAAACUGAAAAGCAUAAUAGACCUUUGUUUAUUGCUCGCUAAUUGAUAAACUACCCACACUGUGCAAAAGUUCAAUCGCUUUUGUUAAUCAUACAUCGUGAAUCCUCAUAUUCAUCGCACAAAAUUGGAGAAGAUUAGGGGGCCUAGUGCGAGCACGUUCAAGAACCGAGGUGGUUGGUGAAUGGUGUUGCAGAUAGACUCGGUGUGGGGUUGGGCGUCACCCCCGCUGCGCCUCCAGCUAGGGGGGUCGAGGGGCGCCUCGGGGAGAGCGACCGCGGGCGCCCCAUCCUCGCAGAGGAUGGGUGAAAUGGUCGUGGAACGCGCGCCUUCCCCAGCUUGCCUCAGCCAUACAUCUGAGAAGCAUCCUCGUGCUACGCUCACGGAACUCAACGUCCUCCGACGGCAUCGCGAACUCUGCGAUGUUGUGCUCAAUGUCGGCUCUAGGAAGAUAUUCGCACAUCGUGUUAUUCUCUCGGCGUGUAGCCCGUACUUCAGAGCAAUGUUUACUGGGGAGUUGGCGGAAUCUCGACAAACUGAAGUUACGAUUCGGGACGUAGACGAAAUGGCAAUGGAAUUAUUAAUAGACUUCUGUUACACUUCUCACAUCAUUGUCGAAGAAGCAAAUGUUCAAACUCUCCUUCCAGCAGCGUGCCUUCUCCAGCUAGUAGAAAUUCAAGAUAUAUGUUGCGAGUUUCUCAAACGUCAACUCGACCCUUCCAAUUGUUUGGGCAUACGAGCGUUUGCGGAUACUCAUUCUUGCUGUGAACUUCUGCGAAUCGCGGACAAAUUCACGCAACAUAAUUUUCAAGAAGUAAUGGAAAGCGAAGAAUUUCUAUUAUUACCCGUUGGCCAAUUAGUAGAUAUUAUUUCUUCCGACGAAUUAAACGUACGAACAGAAGAACAAGUGUUCAGCGCGGUUAUGAAUUGGGUCAAGUACAAUGUCACCGAAAGAAGGCAAGAUCUGGCGCAAGUUCUACAGCACGUACGACUACCUCUUCUUAGCCCAAAAUUUUUAGUUGGGACCGUAGGGUCCGAUCUUUUGGUUCGAGCCGAUAACGCGUGUCGAGAUCUGGUGGACGAAGCAAAAAACUAUUUGCUACUGCCACAAGAAAGACCGUUGAUGCAGGGGCCAAGAACGCGUCCUAGAAAACCAACCAGACGCGGUGAAGUAUUGUUUGCCGUCGGUGGAUGGUGUUCUGGCGACGCGAUUGCUAGCGUGGAAAGAUUCGAUCCUAAUACCGCCGAUUGGAAAAUGGUUGCUCCAAUGAGUAAACGAAGAUGUGGCGUCGGAGUAGCCGUACUGAACGACUUGUUAUACGCGGUAGGCGGUCACGACGGACAAAGCUAUUUAAAUAGCAUCGAACGAUACGACCCACAAACGAAUCAGUGGUCCUGCGACGUAGCGCCUACAACGUCCUGUAGAACUAGCGUAGGUGUCGCGGUAUUGGAUGGGUUUCUUUACGCAGUAGGUGGACAGGAUGGCGUCCAAUGCUUAAACCACGUUGAAAGCACUAUGUUGUGCAGGUACGAUCCCAAGGAAAAUAAAUGGUCUAAAGUAUCGCCGAUGACCACUAGAAGACUUGGAGUUGCUGUCGCUGUGCUAGGCGGUUAUUUAUAUGCCAUCGGCGGGUCUGAUGGACAAUCGCCUUUGAACACUGUAGAAAGAUACGAUCCAAGGCAAAAUAAAUGGUCUCAAAUAUCCCCUAUGUCUACGAGACGUAAACAUCUAGGCUGUGCUGUAUUUAAUAAUUUAAUUUAUGCUGUCGGAGGACGAGACGACUGUAUGGAACUCUCGAGUGCGGAACGGUAUAACCCUCAUACCAAUUCUUGGAGCCCGAUAGUUGCUAUGACAUCAAGGAGAAGCGGAGUGGGGUUGGCGGUAGUGAAUGGUUUACUUUACGCUGUAGGUGGAUUCGAUGGAACUGCCUAUUUGAAAACUAUCGAAGUGUACGAUUCGGAACAAAAUCAAUGGAAACUGUGUGGUUGUAUGAAUUAUAGAAGACUUGGUGGUGGUGUGGGAGUAAUGCGUGCCCCACAAACCGAAAACUACAUUUGGUAGCUCAGGCCCCCCUCUUCAGCCCAAAUGGCUGAAACUCCAUUAACUCCUCUCACACCGAUAACUCCUGUUACACCUGUAACUCCUCCCGCUCCCGUAUCGGUUCCUGUUGUUAUAAGUAAUACUCGAAAACGCUACCGCCGAUCGAUGAGCAUUAUAUAAUAUAUGCAUUUUACAAGACUUUGCCUUUCUAAAGAUAAAGUCAAUUUUAUUACAAAACAAUUCUGCAUUUUUUUCGUUAGCUUAUCAUUCACUUUAAACAUCGAUUGUUUUCAUUUAGAUGCGAGAUCAUUACUUCGUAUUAGAAAUGAAUGUAUAUUUUACUGUUAAUAUGGAACGUUCGUUCUUCGGUAAUAUUUAUACUGCCGCGAUUUUAGCAUUUUUUCCGUAACGUCUUAUUUUGUAAGGUAUUUUUCUUAUGUUAUUUAUAGGUCGUCUUAUGCAUUACAAGAUGCGAGUUACAGUUUUUUUUAGAGUUAAGUAUUCUGUCAUUGUAAUUUUUUGAUAAAGCAGUCGUGUAUAUCGUGAACAUUUAAGUAAUAUAUGUAUGUAUGGAAAGAAAACAAAUAGAAAGGCAAAAUCUCCUCAAAACGCAAUAUUCAUUUUGAUGGGAUGCUUGCACCUUCCAUUUUUCAGUGAUUCGAAGAAAUAAAAUUUGAUUGUUUAUACUGACAUUAGAACUUCGCUAUGGAGGGCUGCUUGCACACCCACUGAUACAGUAAUAAAAAUUUAACUAAUUAAAAUGCUUCUGUUUCGAUAGUAUGCUUUUUACGUGUAUCGUAUCUAUCAAUAAGACUGAACUGAAACCAAAAAUUACGUAAAAAAUAAAUGAAACGAUGUUUCUGACUCAAGCACAAUUUUUGUUUCAAAGCAAUGGACGAAACAUAUAAGUUAUAGCAUGAGUUCAUCGCAUACUGAAUGUUGUAACGCUUAAAAUUAUGUUUCCUCAUUUUUGUUUUGCACCUUUACAAAACGUUCAUAAUCAUUCAUAAAUUCGCGUUCUGUUUGCAGCGACAGAGUAGUUGUCUUAUUGUACAAAAUGGUGAUAGGGAUCAUUAUCCAACAAUUUCAUAAUGUAACGUUUGUGAUAAUAUAAUGAUAAGAGACGGUAAAUUCGGCUAGGAGGGUAAGCAAUAUUUUACUAACAAAUAUUGUUUUGUAAUUAUUUAAAUAGAAAAGUUAUAAGAAAACUGUAAAGAUUUCUGUGGAUUAAUUGCGAAUUUAUAGUUUACGAAUCACUAUAGCUCUGUUACAUGUAUGAGAUUGUUGAAGAAACCAGAACACGUGUCUAGUGUAAGGACAUACUGACGAUAGUAACUGUCUCUAAUAGCUUGUUACAAAAUAUCACUAUUAGAAAUUGUAUGUUUUCGACGUCGUAUCAUGAUUCUCGCUAACAAAACAAUCUGUCUUAAUUAGCAGUAAAUUGUGAAGAAGUUUCUGUUUCUUCAUAAAUACAGCAAAUUUUUCAAAUCUAUAUAGCACAAGUGAAAUAAUUAUCCUUGAAUUCGAGUAAACCAAUUAGAGAUUUAAAAUGGUACAAAUUAUUGUAAUUACUACACAAAGUUCAAAUAAGUGUUCAAUUUCAAAGUUGAUUUACAAGUAGUUAAAACUGUAGUUUCAAUAUGAAAUGUUAAUCUUUUGAACAAAUUUUGAAACUCUACAUAGCUCUUUAAUUUUUAUUCAAACUUCAAUAAGAUUCGUAUGGAAAAUAUUUUCGAACAAAAAGAAAUAUACGAUAUAUAAUAUAAUAUUAAUUUCGAAUUAAAACUCAUUGAGAAAAAAUAGACUUCAUUAAACCCGUAUUCUCUGCAAAAAGAAAAAUGUAAGCCUGUUUACAAGUUUCGUUUUUAGAGCAGACAAUCAAAAUAAACAAAUUAUUAUAUACACAAGAUACAACUGCAGAUCAGAUAAAAUUUUGGUGCACGAAUAAGUCGAAAAUCCACAAUACAUUUUUCGGGAAAAGGUUUCUCAGAUAAGACCAGUUUGAAAUUUUGUUAAACACACAUGUAUUUAAUUUAAUUUAACUAACAUAUAUCUCUGUAACGCACUAUUUUUUCAGUAUAUUUAUAUUAGGCUAGGCGCAAAUUGACGACUUUACAUCGCACAACAGUUUAGUUGAGCUGAAAAAGGACAUUGGCCUAUGUGGAAGCAUGAAUACUUGUCCGACUCAUGAAUGCUCCUCGACUCAACAAAACAGUUAGAGCUGGGAGACCUUAUCAAUAGUCAGUAAACCAUUUACGUGUUUUUUUAAUUUUUAUAACAAAAUAUGAAGAAUAAUUGAAAUACGAUGUAGUCCACAUAAAAUUAGGAGGAGUUUAAGUCACCAUUUUUCUGUUUUGAACUUUGUUUAAAAAAUAAAAGACGUUGAAUUUUG